CGUGUGUCACCCGCUUAAGCGGGUUGUGUGGUGGUGUGUGAAUUCGAAUGUUGCUUUGAUUUGGGCCCUGGAUCAGCUGUUUCCCAAACGCCCCCGCGGUGCUCGGUGGUGGAUUCUAAUACACUCGUUUUAAUUUAGUGAUGUAAACGCGGUGUCCGAGAUGGAAAACUUUAACGAAUACUGGGAGCUGCUAGCUGAUCAGCGGGACUCCAUUGCUAAAGAGAUCAUCGCCUACUACAAAACGCUAGAUGAUCGAGAGGAUGGUACCGAGCUAUCGGAAGCGUGUCGUGCUUUUUUGCAAAAGAAUCUCCUCAUUAAUCCGUACCCGACCUGCCAACUGCUGAAGCUACUCGCUGCUUCGCGGAUUCCGGGUAAAAAUGCUUCCAUCUAUGAAAUCGCGACGGCUGCGGUGCUGGAAUCAUUUAGUGAGGAUCUGGCCGCCACCAAACGCUACAGUAUCCUCGCCAAUGGGCUCGUAUCGAUGAAAGCGCUCACCGGGCUGAAAAUGCGCAUCACAGAUGCCCUAGAUAAACAACAGAUCGACCUGCAGCUGCUCGUGCUGGCCGUAUUUGCUAGACGAAGCUUCAAAUUGCUGCUACACUUGCUGCCCGAGCUGUCCGGAAUGUUGAAGCAGCAUCACACAGCCGAUGCUAUCGAGGGAAAGCAGCAUUUCCUCCAUCGUUUGCUGGUGGACGACCUCAGCGCCGGCCUGAGUCUGCACCAGCACAAAAGCCACUUCCACUUUGUGCGACAAGUUGUGGAGGCCAACAGAAUCACCGGUGGAUCCUUUGGCUUAUCAGAUGAAUCUUUUGAGCCAGUCGUAAAGGCCGCCGACAUCGGACGGAUGUAUCUUUUAGCGUACCAAGUCGAGCUGAAGCGCUGUGCGAUGCUGAAACGUGCCUUAGUCAUCGACGAGGAGCGGCUGCCUGUGGCCGAAUAUGCACAUCAUACCUCGGUGCUGGCGCUGCUAGUGAAAAGCCAGGCAAAUGUACUGGAUUAUGAUUUCACGGUGCUGAUCGAUGUGGUUCUUAAAAAUCAAAUAAUGCUCGAGGAGAUAGAAACAUCGCAGACUCAUCAGGCUCGUGAAAACGUCGAAUCCAUGAACGCGUUACAUCUGCAGACGAUCAUUGUGCUGUACAAAGCUAUAGAAACGUCCCAAAGCGAAGCGAACGGUAGCGAACAGCAGCAGAACAGUAGCAGCAUAAUCGAAGCGCAGCUGAAAAGUUUGCUCAAAGAAGCCGAUUUACCGACCUUCCUCGAUAUCGUAGAGUCCAUCCUCACGUUGCUGUUUGUCCGGAGCGAUACCAUGGUCUCCAGCAAUGGCUCCGGCGAUCGUAAGCAUUUCCUGUGCAGCUUUGCGCUGCUCAACGUGAUCGCCUCUUCCGUGAAAACGAUCAUGAUAACGCGUAAGCACUCGGAAGCGAGCGAUAAGCUUUGUCACCGUUUUCAGAAGCUGUUCGAGCUGGUCAAUGACAUGUGCUGGCGGUUAUCGCUGUUUGUUGAUACGACGGCAGUGCCUGUACGGAAGCAGCACCAAGCGAACGCGCUGAUUCAGCUUACAGUUCCCCCUCCCAUACCGACGGCCAUGACUCAUACUACGCACGCCAUGAGCGAAUCGGGAACGCUCGGAAGCGGUAGAGGCGGUGAGGUCCUCUACCGUAGCGUGGAAUCGAUGACGAUCAGUGCGGAUGGUGCACCGACUGGUGGUGUCUACAAACGUACCCAUUACGGAACACUUCCGAGGCACAAGCCAUCCCGGAAGCAAUACAACCGUACUGCCGCCCCACCGAAUCAAAGUGGCCCGUCGGGUGGGAGCAACAAAGAGUUGCUUCCGCAGCGAUCACAUUCCAUCGGGAGCAAGGGCGAUGAGCCGGUUCAUCGGUUUGUGCGACCAACUGCGGUAGACGAACCGAUCGCGAAGGAUGAGCGCCGUGCGUUUACGAAGCUUUUUGCCACACCCGAGACGCUUGCCCUGGCAUGUCUGACGAGCGAUAAGGUAGCAUUCGCUAAGCAGAUCAUCGAAAACUACGGCCUCCAGGAGCGGCCAGUCGGUUGCCUUGUGCAGCGCAUGGAACAGAUGGAAACGCUUAGCAGCAAGCUGAUCGAUUUGGUGCAAAAGCAAGAGCGAAGAAGCCAACCGGAUUCUCCACCAAAUAGCAGUGAUAGCGACACGCUGCUGCACGAUAUUCGCACCAAGACCGCGGUUGGCUUCGAGGUGUCCAAGGUAUUGAGUACGAUCGAGACGUUUCUCAAGGCACAAACCCAAGGUACUGGGCGGGAGCUGCACGAUAACGAUGACGGUAUUGGUGCCGUUCUGGUCGCACCAAUGGACCGAUUCGUUGGUCGCUAUCCCUUUCUCGGGAUGCACACCGGCAAGAAUCUCCAUCUCAGCCAGAUCGUGGACAUUGUGCUGACUCUACCAUUCAAGUACGAGCUUAAUCUGAGUGUCUACAACUUUCUGCUGAAAAAUGUGCAACGCAACACACUCCGUGGCAUGUCG